AUGACAGAUAAGGCAAGAUUUCCAAUAUUUGCAACUAGACAGAAUUUAAGAGUAACAAAUGGACGUUUAAAAACAGUUGACAAAGGACAUUCAUUGUUAAAAUCUAAAAGAGACAUGUUACAAAUACAUUUUAGAAAAAUCGAAGAAAAGUAUAAUUCGUUAAAUGAUAACUUAAAAUUUUUAUUUAACAAAGCUUAUCUUUCUCUUAACAAAGCUGAAUUUCUUGGAGCAAAUGUAGAUUACUUAGUUAAAGAGGCAGAAAAAACACCAGUGAAUCUUGAGUGUGAAGUAUUGAUGGUUUCAGGUAUUCAAAUCUCUAACUUUACACUAAAUUCAAAUAAUGAAGUAACUCAAAUGCAUGGACUUGGAUCAUUUCAACUAAAUCAAACAUCUAAAUUAUUUAGAGAUUUAGUUAAAAAACUUAUAGAAAUUAAUUCAGUUAACAAUUCUUAUAACAUUCUUAAACAAACACUUGACAAUACGAAUAGAAGAGUUAAUUCAUUAGAAUUUUCUUUCAUUCCCAAAUUAAAAAACACACUAAGUUUUAUAAAUGAAGAAUUAGAUGAGCAAGAAAGAGAAGAUUUUUUCAGGCUUAGAAAGAUUCAAGGAUUGAUCUCAAAAAAAUAA